AUGACGGCCGCUCAACAGGACAAACCCGCAGUUGUCUGCGUCUUCUGCGGCUCAGUGGCCGGAACUGACCCCGUUCACAUGGAAACAGCCCGCGCGCUGGCUCGCGAAUUCCACAAGAACAACGUCCAGCUGGUCUACGGCGGCGGCACAAAGGGCCUGAUGGGCGAGCUGGCCCGCACUCUCGUCUCACUCUCCGGACCGCAGGCCGUUCACGGUGUGAUCCCGCGCGCGCUCGUCCGCGUCGAGCCGGGCUAUGAUAACACCCGGCAGGAAGAACAGCCGACGGAGAGCAGCGGGAAGGGCGCCGAGCGCGUCAUGAAGGAGCCCCUCGACCAGGCGUCGUUGCUCAAGGAGUCCGACUACGGCAUCACGACGAUCGUGCCGGACAUGCACACGCGGAAGCGUCUGAUGGCUACCAAGGUGCGAGAGGGCGGCCCGGGUUCUGGAUUCGUGUCGCUGGCUGGUGGAUUCGGUACCAUCGAGGAGGUCAUGGAGAUGACUACGUGGAGUCAGUUGGGGAUUCACCGUCUGGGGAUUGUGCUGCUGAAUGUUAAUGGGUAUUGGGAUGGACUGCUGUCGUGGGUGCAGACGGCUGUCAAGGAGGGCUAUAUUGGUGCUGCGAACGCCGACAUUCUGAUCGCGGUGAAGGAUCCCCGCGAGGUGCUGCCUAAGUUGUUGGAGUACAAGAGCACCAAUGGUCGAAUGGACCUGGAUUGGGGUGAGGAAUAA